AGUUGUGCUCUGUCUGUGUUUAGCUCCUGUUUAUGGUUUAUCAGGCCCAGCGUGUGGUUCUGGUUCUGUCAUUUCUGUCAGAGUCUCCCUUGAGCCCGUCUCAGGCUGUCCUCCUGUACCAGCGGUGCCACUUGCUCCUGACCUGCAUGCAGCACAACCCCUGUGUGAACACCUCCAUUAUUACAGAACUUAAAGAAGAGUUCAGGUAUUAUGUGAGACAGUCCGGUCUGGAGGACAAGCGUCCCCUUCACUGUCCCAUUAGUAGACCAGCACAGCAUCUCCUCUCCCAGCUGCUCAGCCUGGUGAUCACGAGGACUGUUUACAGCCAUCUGUCUCUCACAUGUUAG